AUGGCACAUGCUGCCGUAUGGCUUGCUCCUCCUCAUUCGCCUCUCACUCUCCCUCGGACCCUUCCUCCUUUCCCCUUAUUCCCUCUCUCCAUCGUGUCCCCCUCAUCAGGUGGGGGGCGUGCGCACGAGCCGGCGGGGCCAGUGGGGGGCGUGCGCACGAGCCGGCGGUGUCAGUACAUGCUGCAGUAUGGGGACGGCAGCACCACGGCGGGGGAUGUGCUCUUUGACUCGCUCGCUCUCCACUCCACCUCCAAUAACUCCGCCAACGCCACCAUCGCUUUUGGCUGUGGAGUGCACCAGACGGGGCGCCUCGCGUCGCCCUCCUCCACAGCGUCCCUCAGCGGGGUCAUGGGGCUGGGCCGCGGCCCGCUCUCUAUAGUCACACAGCUGGCAGCACAGGGCGUGCUGCACGAGUCCUUCUCGCUCUGCCUGGAGGGCCGCCAGCGCGGGGGCCACCUCGUGCUGGGGAGGCGGCGCCUGCCCGUUACUUAUGCCACCGUCACUGCUCCCCUCGCACCCUCUGAUGACCUCACGGUGUACCGCCUGCCUCUGCUGGCGCUCUACCUCAACUGGGCGCCCAUCCCCCUGCCCAACGGCACCACCGCCAUCACCGUCGCCCCGCCCCCACACGGCCUCUCCACGCCCGCCUCUGGCACCUCCUUCUUGGGGGGCGAUGGGGCUGCUGCGGACAUGGGGGGAGGUGGGGGCGCGGGUGACAGUGGCGGGGGGGAUGGGGAGGGCGAUGGCAGCGGGGGCACGGCGGGGGGGUCGCUGCCUACAGGGGCGGUGUCGGGGGGAGCGGUGAUAGACAGUGGGUCGACAUUCACGGCCCUGCCUGCGCCCAUCUUCUCUGCUCUCACCUCCGCUUUGGAGAAGGCAGUGAACCAGUCCAUGAGGUGGUCGGGGUUCUUCCGCUGCCUGCGCACGCCCAAACGCAUGUCCAGUGCAGAGCUGGCAUCCACGUACCCGCCUCUCCAGCUCGACUUCUCGGCCAACCUGCUGUGGGCCGUCCCCGCCUACAACUACCUCUUCCACAAGAACGACACACUGCUGUGCAUAGCAGCCAUUGGAUACCGGGAGUCCAACACCACAUACAUAGGAGGGUCGUGGCUGCGCAACAACGACGUGCUUUUCAACCACGAGAAGAACACGAUUGGAUUCGUGCCCAUGAACUGCACCUCGGGGAAGCUCAUCAACACCACCACCAGUGCUAUCAUCCGCUCCUCCCCUGCCAUCUUUGAAAACCCGCCCGACUACAGCUACGAUGAGUCUUCAGGCCGGCGGCACAUCCAACCGACCAAGUUAUGGUCCACACUUACUGUUUUAGGACUGGCCAUGAUGUUCAUGUAG